UAAAUACCAUAUUUUCAAAAAAAUUCCUUUGAUUUGUCUCUGAAUUCAAAAUUACUAUUUUUUAGUUUGUUUAAAAUGUCUACUCUACUUUGGUUUUCUCCAUGUCCGAUCAAUUGGCCGAAACGACUUUUAACGUAGGCUAGCUAUAUAAAUAGGACAAAAGUAGAUACCGGUAUACGACGAGGAUGAGCAACUCCCACUUCCCUGUCAAACAUUUCAUGAAUGACUUAAUUUAUGGGUUUGUCUUUUUCGUGUAUAUAUUGAAAUUGUUUUAUGAGGAAACAUAGGUCACAUGCUACGUCCCUAGGAAAUCAUGUUCAAUGUCAUGUGAUUUUGAAUUGUCGACUUUUCAUCGGGAGACGUCGAAGCUGUCAGACGAACACCACCAUCGAAACAAUAACAUGUCGCAGCCCGAGAGUUCUGGCGAGAGAAGCAUUCAGCAUCCCGUUAACAGCGGGAGAACGGUCUCGCAGGCUCAGGGCAAGCCCCCUCCUAUUCGACCUCUGGUGAAAGUGUUGGCAUGCUUUGCAGCAAUUGGAGGCUUUCUCUUCGGUUAUGAUACAGGGGUUGUGUCAGGGGCUAUGAUUCUUUUGAAAAAGGAAUUUGGUUUAAAUACAAUAUGGCAAGAAUUGAUUGUGAGUGUGACAAUUGGCGCUGCUGCAUUAUCUGCACUCUGUGGUGGAAUAUUCAAUGAAAAGUUGGGCAGAAGGAAAGUCAUUUUGAUGGCUAGUACUGUCUUUACUGCUGGAGCACUAAUGAUGGGACUUACACCAAAUAAGGAGCUGCUUCUAGCUGGAAGACUUGUUGUUGGUAUUGGUGUAGGUCUGGCUUCCAUGACGGUUCCCAUGUACAUUGCUGAAGUAGCUCCAGUCCAUGUGAGAGGAAGAUUGGUUACAAUUAAUAAUCUCUUCAUCACUGGAGGCCAGUUUGUGGCUUCAGUGAUUGACGGGGCUUUCUCUUACUGGCCAUGGGGAUGGAGGGCAAUGUUAGGUUUAGCUGGAGUUCCAUCUGCUAUUCAGUUAAUUGGUUUCAUCUUUCUUCCGGAGUCUCCUCGUUGGUUGAUUGAUCAUGGACAUUUUGAAAAGGCUAAGGCUGUUCUCAUCAGGACAAGGGGUUUGGAUCAUUGGGAAGAGCAAUAUCAACAGAUAGUCCAAGACACAGAGAAUACAAAGAGGGACUGUGCUGAUGGAGUACCCAUUGUAAGGAUUUUCAGGACGCCACCUGUACUAAGAGCACUGAUUAUUGGAUGUAGUCUUCAAAUGUUCCAGCAAUUAGCCGGCAUUAAUACUAUUAUGUAUUACAGUGCAACUAUCAUCCGUAUGUCUGGUGUGAAGGAUGAUUCAACAGUUAUAUGGCUAUCAGCAGUUGUAGCUUUUGUAAACUUUAUUUUUACUCUGGCUGGUGUUUAUCUGGUUGAAAAGGUUGGAAGAAGAAUCCUCACUCUCAGUAGCUUUACAGGUGUUGCAGCAUCAGUUCUCUUUCUUGCUGUGGCUUUCCUUCUGAUUGCAGAAAGUUCUCCAGAAAUUGAUGUCCAUUCAACUGAUAGAUGCUCUAUAUACAAUACGUGUGAUGCUUGUAUUCUCCAAGAUGAGUGUGGAUUCUGCUUCCAAUCACUGAAUAAUACAAUUUACAAUGGGACAUGUUUAGUUGCUGAUCAACUACAUGGAAACCAAUCCUUGGAUGGCCUUUGUUCUCAGAGUCAUCUCCUUAAACAUGAGAGUGAAUGGGCUUAUGAUUACUGCCCAUCUCCGUAUGCAUUCCUAUCAUUCCUGGGACUUGUACUUUACCUCGUAUUCUUUGCACCAGGUAUGGGUCCAAUGCCAUGGACCAUCAACUCAGAGAUCUAUCCUCAGUGGGCUAGAAGUACUGGCAAUGCAGUAGCCUCUACUGUCAAUUGGUCUUUCAACCUUCUUAUUGCAAUGACAUUUCUUAGCCUUACAGAAAUAAUUACACGACAAGUCUAUUAUGUAUUAAACCUGCAGGUGCAUUCUUCUUAUACUUUGGUAUAUGUGUGCUUGGCAUCAUCUUUUUCUUCCUAUUUCUGCCUGAGACGAAAGGGACACGUCUGGAAGAUAUUCAAAAACUAUUUGAGAAACCAUUUUGCUGUAGCUCAACCAAUCUACUCAAACCCAAUGUCAGUGUCCCUGAAGGAUCAGAUGCAUCCAAGCCUUUACUCAGCAGUGAUGCAGAAUUUAAUUAAAGAUGAUGGUCUCUGCUAGAUAUUUUCUGGGAUUAUGGUGAAAUUCAUGUUUGCUUUUGUAAAAAUCUCAUGAUAAUCACAAAUAUGUCAGUGCAUUUUUGUUUGACCUAAAACAAUGGCUAGAUAAGACUGUCUUCUUUAUUUGGUGUUUUCUUAAUUCUAUCUUAAUAUUAGAUACAAGGAAGUUUUGUAAUUGGUGAAAGAAUCAUGACUUGAUGGUUCCAUAAUAGCUAUGAUUGAGUAGAGAAAAGAUCAUACCUAAAUAUUUGACUUGACUCUGCCAUGAAUGCCAUUUGUUUACAUUUGUUGCAAUAAAUCAUAUUUACACAAUGUACGACACUAUUUUUCUAUUACAGUGCAUAUUCUAUUUUAAAGUUUAUAUCUCUUUAUCUCAGGCAGAGCAUUAUAAUAUUUUAUAUUUAAUAUUUUAAAGUUUUUGAAGUUACAGUAACUGAAUUCAUGUUGAAAUUGCCUCACCUAAACCUCAAACUUUUAGUUCAUUACCAUUUUUGCAAAGUGUCCCAAGAGGGUAAAAUCAAUGACAAAAUUUGUUUAAACUAGUUUGUUGAAUGCCUACAAUUUAAAUUUUCUAGACAUAAAAAUGUUAUAUGAAUUCAAAUUCUAAUCUUUCAUGUUCUGAUUAUAAGAAUUAAAAGCACUUCUUGUCUAUAUCAUAUCACAUUAUAUUAAAUCAUCUCAAUGCACUUUCAAAAUAUUUGGAUAUCAUUACAUCUUGUCAUGAUACAAAUUUACAGGAAGUUCAGGAGAAUAUUGAAAAUGUAACCUGCAACAGAGUCAUAUCAUUCUGAGCCAUUAGAUGUGAGCAAUAUGGUUCUUUUAAAGGCAACAUUUUUAUGUUGAACUCCAAAGUGAAUAAGAAUAUCAUUACCUACAUCUGUAUAAUGUUUGAUUCAAACUGUUGUUUGUAGAAUUUUAUAUGCCUGUUAGCCUGCCAAUUAUUUCUUAGGCACAACAAGAAAAUGACAGAUUUUGUGUUGUAUAAAGUAAUCAUUUUGACAGACAAAA